CCGAUCGGUCUGGAACAGGGAAAUUAUACGUAGCUUUGCAUUUUAUUGAAGUACAUAAUGAGUACUCCAGUGAACAUUAUUGUAGGUUCUCAUGUAUGGGUUGAAGACCCAGCAUUAUCUUGGGUUGAUGGACAAGUAUCAAAGAUCAAUGGUCAGGAUGCUGAGAUCCAGACCAGUAAUGGAAAGACGGUUGUUGCAAACUUGUCAAAACUAUAUCCGAAAGAUAUGGAAGCUCCUGCUGGUGGAGUUGACGACAUGACAAAACUCUCUUAUUUGCACGAGCCUGGAGUACUGCAGAACCUGGCAACUAGAUAUGAACUUAAUGAAAUCUAUACUUAUACUGGAAACAUUCUUAUUGCAAUUAAUCCUUUCCAACGAUUGCCUCAUCUCUAUGAUGCUCACAUGAUGGAGCAAUACAAAGGUGCACCAUUUGGAGAACUAAGCCCUCAUGUUUUUGCGGUUGCAGACGUUGCAUACAGGGCUAUGGUUAAUGAGGGGAAAAGCAACUCCAUUCUGGUAAGCGGUGAAAGUGGAGCAGGUAAGACUGAGACAACAAAAAUGCUCAUGCGUUAUCUUGCAUAUUUGGGUGGCCGUGUAGCCACCGAAGGAAGGACCGUUGAACAACAAGUUCUAGAAUCAAAUCCAGUUCUUGAAGCUUUUGGCAACGCAAAGACUGUCAGAAAUAACAAUUCCAGCCGGUUUGGUAAAUUUGUUGAGAUCCAAUUUGAUAAGCAUGGAAGGAUAUCAGGGGCAGCCAUAAGAACCUACCUUCUUGAAAGAUCUCGUGUUUGCCAAGUUUCUGAUCCUGAACGCAACUACCACUGUUUCUACCUUCUUUGUGCAGCGCCAUCUGAGAUCGUUGAGAAAUAUAAAUUGGGAAACCCUAAAUCAUUUCACUAUCUCAAUCAAUCAAAUUGCUAUGAACUUGUUGGUAUAAGUGAUGCACACGACUAUCUUGCCACUAGGAGAGCUAUGGAUGUUGUCGGAAUAAGUGAGAGAGAACAGGAUGCAAUUUUCAAAGUUGUUGCGGCAAUUCUUCAUGUGGGUAAUAUUGAGUUUGCAAAGGGCAAGGAGAUUGAUUCAUCUGGUUUGAAAGAUGAAAAGGCCAUAUUCCAUCUUAACAUGGCAGCUGAACUUCUCAUGUGUGAUGCUGAGGCCCUUGAAGAUGCACUCUGUAAACGUGUUAUGAUCACCCCAGAGGAAGUCAUUAAGAGAAGUCUUGAUCCUCUUGCUGCAACAGUUAGCAGGGAUGGUUUUGCAAAGACAUUAUAUUCUCGCUUGUUUGAUUGGUUGGUUGAUAAAAUUAAUGUCUCAAUUGGACAAGAUCCUAACUCAAAAUCUCUCAUUGGUGUACUUGACAUCUAUGGUUUUGAAAGCUUCAAGACUAACAGUUUUGAGCAGUUUUGUAUUAAUUUCACAAAUGAGAAACUGCAACAACAUUUUAACCAGCACGUAUUCAAGAUGGAGCAGGAAGAGUACACAAAAGAGGAAAUUGAUUGGAGCUACAUAGAAUUUGUUGAUAACCAAGAUGUCUUGGACCUUAUUGAAAAGAAACCUGGAGGAAUUAUUGCUCUCCUGGAUGAGGCUUGUAUGUUUCCCAAGUCUACACAUGAAACAUUUUCUCAGAAGCUAUAUCAGACUUUCAACAAACACAAACGCUUCAUCAAGCCAAAACUUUCCCGUACCGAUUUUUCCAUUGCUCACUAUGCAGGAGAGGUGUUAUAUCAGUCUGAUCAAUUUCUAGACAAAAAUAAAGACUAUGUUGUCCCAGAACAUCAGGACUUGUUGAGUGCUUCCAAAUGUCCUUUUGUAGCAGGUUUAUUCCCUUCAAUCCCAGAGGAGACGACCAAAUCUUCUAAGUUCUCUUCCAUUGGUUCACGCUUUAAGCUGCAACUACAGCAAUUGAUGGAGACACUAAAUUCAACAGAACCUCACUACAUUAGAUGCGUGAAGCCAAAUAAUCUUCUCAAACCUGCUAUAUUUGAGAAUGCCAACAUCAUGCAGCAACUGCGAUGUGGUGGUGUUUUAGAAGCUAUCAGAAUUAGUUGUGCAGGAUACCCUACUCGCCGUACAUAUUUUGAGUUUCUCGUCCGGUUUGGUAUUCUAGCACCGGAGGUCUUGGAAGGGAACUACGAUGAAAAGGUUGCAUGUAAGAAGAUUUUGGAAAAGAAGGGCCUUGUUGGUUUUCAGAUAGGGAAAAGUAAGGUUUUUCUAAGAGCUGGUCAGAUGGCCGAGUUAGAUGCAAGGAGAGCUGAGGUACUUAGUGGUGCAGCCAAAACUAUUCAGCGGAAAAUACGUACUCAUAUUGCUCAGAAACAGUUUGUUGCAUUGCGGAAGGCUUCUAUUUGUAUUCAGUCUUGGUGUAGAGGAAGAAUGGCUUGCAAAAUGUAUGAGCUCAUGAGAAAGGAGGCAGGUGCUUUGAAAAUUCAGAAAAACAUUCGCAAAUAUCAGGCCAGAAAGGUUUACAGUCGUCUCUGGUUAUCAGUGCUUGUAUUGCAGACAGGUUUAAGGGCAAUGUCUGCUCGUGAUAAAUUUAGAUUUAGGAAACAAACUAAAGCAGCAAUUGUCAUUCAGACCCGGUGGCGUUGUCAUAGAGCAUCGUCCUACCAUAAGAAGCUUAAGAGGGCAGCAAUUGUGACUCAAUGCAGAUGGAGGGGAAGAAUUGGCAGGAGAGAGCUGAGGAAGCUCAAAAUGGCUGCAAGAGAAACAGGCGCACUUAAAGAAGCGAAGGAUAAGCUAGAAAAACGAGUGGAGGAACUCACAUGGCGUUUGCAGUUGGAGAAACGCCUAAGGACUGACUUGGAGGAAGCAAAAACACAGGAGAUAGCCAAAUUGCAAAAUUCAUUGCAAGAUAUGCAGAUCAAAGUUGAUGAAACAAAUGCUUUGCUUGUAGAGGAACGAGAGAAUGCACGAAAGGCAGUUGAAGAAGCACCCCCUGUUAUCAAAGAGACUCCGGUUAUUGUCCAAGAUACUGAAAAAAUUGAUACUUUAACAGCAGCAGUGGAGAACUUGAAGACAUUGUUGGAGUCAGAAAAACAAAAAUCUGAUGAUUACGAAAGGAAAUAUGCUGAAAUCCAAGAAUCAAGUGAAGAAAGACGUAAGAAGUUAGAAGAAACAGAAAAAAAGGUUGUUCAACUUCAGGAAUCAUUGAGCAGGCUUGAAGAGAAGCUUACCAAUCUAGAGUCAGAGAAUCAAGUUCUUCGUCAGCAAGCAUUGACCAUGGCAUCCAAUAACAAGUUCCUCUCAGGACGCUCUAAAUCAAUUAGUCUGAGGCAUUCCGAGAGUGGUCGUUCUAUUAACACUGAUACCAAGACAACUGUUGUACGUGAUAUGCAGAGUGCUUCAACCCCAAGGGAACUUUCUGAAGUAGAAGAGAAACCACAGAAAUCUUUAAAUGAGAAACAGCAGGAGAAUCAGGACUUGCUCAUUAGGUGUAUCGCACAACACCUGGGCUUCUCUGGGAGCAGACCAAUUGCUGCCUGUAUCAUAUACAAAUGUCUUCUUCACUGGAGAUCAUUUGAAGUUGAGCGGACCAGUGUCUUUGACCGCAUUAUCCAGACAAUUGGACAGGCUAUUGAGACUCAGGAGAACAAUGAUAUAUUAGCUUAUUGGCUGUCCAAUGCAUCGACAUUGUUGUUGCUACUCCAGCGUACAUUAAAAGCAAGUGGUGCAGCUGGCAUGGCUCCACAACGCCGUAGAUCAUCAUCAGCUACCCUCUUUGGGAGGAUGACUCAGAGUUUCCGGGGAGCGCCACAAGGUGUUAAUCUAUCUUUUGCCAAUGGCGGGACGGUUGGUGGAGUAGAUACAUUGCGCCAGGUCGAAGCAAAAUACCCUGCUUUACUUUUCAAACAGCAACUUACAGCAUAUGUAGAAAAGAUAUAUGGGAUGAUCCGAGAUAAUUUAAAGAAAGAGAUCUCUCCAUUGCUUGGGUUAUGCAUCCAGGCACCAAGAACAUCCAGAGCAAGCUUAGUCAAGGGAUCAUCCCGUUCACUCGCAAAUUCUGCAGCCCAGCAGGCUUUGAUUGCUCACUGGCAGGGGAUUGUGAAAAGCCUUGGAAAUUUCUUGAGCACAUUGAAAACCAAUCAUGUGCCCCCAUUUUUAGUGCGUAAGGUGUUCACACAAAUAUUUUCCUUCAUCAACGUGCAACUCUUCAACAGUCUCCUGUUGAGGCGAGAGUGCUGCUCGUUUAGUAAUGGUGAAUAUGUCAAGGCUGGUUUGGCUGAAUUGGAACAUUGGUGCUAUAAAGCAACAGAUGAGUAUGCAGGUUCAGCUUGGGAUGAGCUCAAGCAUAUCAGACAGGCUAUUGGGUUCCUGGUCAUACAUCAGAAGCCAAAGAAGACGCUCGAUGAAAUAAGCCAUGACCUUUGCCCAGUGCUCAGCAUACAGCAGCUUUAUCGGAUUAGUACAAUGUACUGGGAUGACAAAUAUGGGACACACAGUGUGUCUUCAGAUGUUAUAUCCAACAUGAGGGUGCUGAUGACUGAAGAUUCAAACAAUGCCGUCAGCAAUUCAUUCCUGCUGGAUGAUGAUUCAAGCAUACCAUUUUCAGUCGAUGACAUAUCUAAGUCCAUGGAACAGAUUGACAUCUCUGACGUUGAACCACCACCUCUCAUUCGUGAGAAUUCAGGCUUCGUAUUUCUCUUGCCACGUUCUGAGUAAUCUCUUUAUCAAUGUAGCACUCAUCUGGAUGGUUUCUCUUCCUGUCUAUCUCCUUUCAACAUCACCUCACUCAUUGUAGUUACUUCAGAUUUUGUAUAUUCACGUCAGAGCCCCUUCAGUUUGUUGGAUGACUCCCAUUGGGUGGUUUGAUGUUGCUUCUUCGUUGGAUUAAGGUGGUUUCAUUGAUUUCCCCUAACCAUGUAUAAUUCAAUGCUUAUAACGGGGAACACUCUGCUGUCUCUACUCAAUGAGAUAGUGGCUACCUCCCCCAUCUUUUGUAAAUUUGCCAUAUCUUUGGUGAGUCAAUUAUAUUUGAACAUUUUUUAUGUGAA